AAUGUGUGUAUUUUUUUAAAUACCAAAAGGAAAAUGUUUAUACCUAAUCUCUAGGUCGACUAAUAAGGUUUUUACCUUCUAGGCUUUUGAAUUUCUCUUUAAAAAUAGGCUGAUUCAAUUCCUGUCACAUAGCACAGGAAGUUAAGGAUUUGGUCCUGUUGCCAUAAAUAAUUUAUAGUGCCGUAAAAUUAUUUUUUGAAAUUAAAAACUCAUGAUUACAACUUAAUCUUACGCCAAACCACGGUUACAACACAGCGACACGACCAACUCACUGACUGACUAACUUCAGUGACGUCAUACCCAAAGCCUUCCAAGGAUACAGUAGCCUUUAGCUUAAAAAGUACCGCCAAUGUCACUGAUAGACAGAAAAGCAUAUACAGUCAAUUACGGUAAUGAAGAAUGCAUUUCAAAAAAUACCGUAAUCCUGUGGUUUUGUUUUGUUUUUGUUUAAAUCACCGGUAUCAUACAUCCACAUCACGUGAACGUCAUUCUUCCAAGGAAGAAUGACCUCAUCUUUACAGUUCACGUGUGUUCUGGUCACAAAGUCACACCAGGAGGACAUUCGACGUAAUUUCUCUUAGUAGAGUGACGUUGUUGCUGACAUGUGAAAUGACUGAAUGAAUGUCGCUGUGAAUCUCCGACAUAAGUCGAGUUACAGCUAGGUUAUAGACACUGUUAUGAACCAACAGGCUGGGAAUAGUCAAAAACGACAAGACCGACAAGGAAACAGUGAUGCAUCAUAGUUGGUGCCAACUGCCGUUCAACAACUCCCCGACUAAACCAAGCACCUGAAUGCAACAGCCCUUGAGAUCAUCCAUCCGCCUUACAGGGAGGGCACAUGUGCACAUGCGCAGUGCGUGCGACUCUGGGAGUGUCUGGUCUGGACGCGGUUCCAAAGCCGCAGUCGCCGAAGCCAAAAAGAGCAUCUGCAUAAACAAUGAAGCAGCGGAGAGAGCGGGAGGACACGAGGCUGUGAGUCGGUCAUGAAGUGGACACAUCAACAAAGACGGAAGUCGGGAUUGUGCCGGAGAAGCUGGACGUGUCUGCUGUGAAUGACCUCCGAUAACGCUGCUGAGAUUUAGUGACAUGUAGGACUUUUAUUGUCUGUCUUGUUGAUAUGCACUUCGUCUCCGCGGAUCCACGGCCUUAAUGUGUUUCUUCACAGACAGCGAAUACACAACAAACUGAUUUCACUCAAUAUUUUCGUGUUAAUUUCAUGUUCACUUGCAUCGGCUACACAGCCUCAUCACAGAUCACCUCCUCCUGCAGUGACUCUGGUACAUAAGAUGGGGGAGUCUGAUGUCGUGAGUUGGCCAUCUGUUGUGGAACAUAGUUAAUCCUGAGAGAUUAUUUAGCGAGAGUCCGAGUCCAAGUCUAAGUCCAUCAUUCGGGACAUUUCUGCACCAGCUCAGAGACGGAGGGAUGCUGAGCGCCACCGUGAGCUCAGUGGAGGAAAGGGAUGACGAGCAGGAGGAUGAAGGUGAGGAAGAGCUGAGGGAUGGAGGAGUGCCCUUCUUUGUAAACCGAGGAGGGUUCCCCGUGGAGGAGGAGACGUGGGAAAGAAUGUGGCGCCAUGUGGUUCGAAUCCACCCGAACGGUGAAGCUUUAGGAAAGGAGAUCCGAGGAGCCACUGACCUUCCCAAGAUUCCAGUGCCAAGCGUGCCUUCAUACCAACCUACCACCACUGUCCCACAGCGCCUGGAAGCCAUACAGAAGUACAUCAGGGAAUUUCAGUACAAUCACACAGGCACACAGUUCUUCGAGAUCAAGAAGAGCCGCCCCCUUACUGCGCUGAUGGACAUCGCGAAAGAAAUGACCCGGGAGGCUCUGCCAAUCAAAUGUCUGGAGGCGGUGAUCCUGGGGAUUUACCUCACCAACAACAUGCCAGGCGUGGAUCGUUUCCCCCUCAGCUUUAAGUCUCACUUCUCAGGGAACAACUUCUACCACAUCGUGCUGGGAGUUCACAGCGGGGGACGUUACGGCGCUCUGGGCAUGAGCAGGAGGGAGGACCUCAUGUUCAAGGCCUUGGAGUUCCGCACACUGACGGACUUGGUGCAGGACUUUGAUGCGGCCUACAGAGGCUACUGGCACACCCUCCACAAGGUCAAGAUCGGGCAGUACGUGUCCCACGACCCUCACAGUGUCGAGCAGAUAGAGUGGAAACACUCCAUAGUGGAUUUGAACAAGCUGAGCAAGGACGAGCUACGAAAGGAGCUGGAAAGGUACACUCGCGACAUGAGGCUCAAGAUAUGAAAGCCUAUGCCGCCCUCUCCGACCAGAGACAGGAAAAACAGCAUGGGUUCACCUCUCCGAGUACAGAACAGUCCCAAACGCCGGAGCAGUCGUAUUGAGAAACGUACCUCGGCCGAGAAGCCACCGGAGGAUACAUCAUCUUCUGACAUGAGCGGUUACCAGAUCCGAGUAUAAGAAACAAUUUCCAUCUCGUUUGUGACGUUUUAAAAACCACAAACACGCACUUGUGACAGCGGACCAUCGAUUUACUCUCGGGCUUUUCUUUCUACACACUGGCCUGUUCUUGACAAGCAGCGAUGAAUGGGCCACCAGCAGCUACUCCUCUAUGAACAAUGAACUCAUUUUGAAUCUCCUACAUCCGUGGCUUUCGAAGCAGCAGCUGAGCAGGAUAUAUUUUCAAAACACAAAGGUCCAAAGUGCAGUAUUUCCUCCAAAGGCUGGCAAAAAAAAAAAAAUGUGCAAAACAUAUCAAAGCCUCUUUUUGGUGUCAUGAUCAACUAGAAGUUCUUAAGGCUUGUUAGCAGUUAGCAUCAUCGUACUGUAAGCGUGCAAAUACAUGUGAUGUAACCUUGAAUCCACUUAGGCUCUGGCGAGCGGCCGUGCUUGUGUAACCACCCCCCCUUGUGCCUUGUAGGACACAUUCACACCAAACGACUUUUGUAACCAUUAUUAUCAUGACUCAUAACAAAGCAGUGUAAAAUGCUAACUGUUGGCAGUUUCUAGACAGUUAGCUGUGCGACGGCUAAUAGACAGAUGCUAGCACAUUAAGCAUGCUAGACAUUGACUGAAUAAGGGUUGGAAUCUCUUGUUAUGCCUGACAAUGACCACAGCAGAGAACUCAUCUGCUACAUUGAUGCUAACCAUGGGAGUCGCUAUAUACAUGUACUGUGUAACUGCUUUAUUUACACCAUGUUCUUUUCCACUUGUAGCGAUUUGACUUAUUGUAUCACUUGCCUUAAGUGUCACGUAUAAAAAAAAUGUUUUUCUUUACUUCACCUUUAUCUACUUUUUGUAUAAAAACAAUAGAAAUAUUUUAAUUUUUUUUUUACUUCUAGUGUUGCUCACCAACAGACCUUCAUGACAGCGGCCUGGAUCAAAUACAACACAUUUUUUAAUGUACAGUAUGUGUCGUCCAUUUCCAGUUCAAUACUCUUUUACACACUCUGAUUUGUACUUAUAAAGAUUUACAGGGUCACAAUAAAGUGUCGCCAGGGUUUAGGCAACAAUUUUGUCAUAUUUAUUUACACUGCUCGUCAUAUUCACACAGAAGGUGCUGGGUUCGAGCCCCAGAGGAACCACAUACUUGGCGCCCCCUAGUGGCACCCUGUUGUUGCAGCAGCAGCUCUGCUCACCACUGCAUCCAAAGUGGUGAGCACACUUGCCUUACAUAUCUGCCUUACACACAGGGGGUCCUGGGUUCGAGCCCCAGAGAAACAACAUAUGCUUAAUGGCGCCUCCUGUGUGGCAGCCUGUGUGUUCAAACCACAUACUUAAUACUGCCUCCUGUGGCAGAGUGUGAGUUGCCAAGACUCAUACUUCACUAAGCGAAGCCCCU